GUUGUGUGUAUGUUGUUCAUUCAACGAAAUCGCAAACUAUUUAAUACCAAUGUUGGACGAUAGGGUGCGCAUCGUGUCAACACCGUGUACAUCGACACACAUAUAAUUUUUGGUGUUGUCAGUCCGGGUUUUUUUUUUGUGUAUUGUGUGUAUUCUCUCCAUACCAUUUAUUAUUUUAAUUUCAUUUGUUCAUCGAUUCAAACACAAAUUUCAAACAGUAAAAAUGUGAUUAAAUUACAAUAAAAACACAACGGGAUUCGAAUGAAUUUAAAAAAAAGACAAGACACACACAAAACAACCGAGCAAGUUUUUAAGUUAUUUGUCUCGACCAUCGCAAAUCAAGUAACUUAAAACAAAUUAUAUAUAUAGUAUAUAAAAUUGAGAAUCGAAUUGAAGUGAAAAUAGUUUUUACUAAGUGCUGAGUGUAUGUGAGAAGAGAGUGAAGUGCAAACGAAACGAAAAAAAAAAAACACACAAACAUUGUCUCGCUUUUUUUGGUGUGCUUAAAUCUCUUUUUUCAAUUUUGAUAAAUAUUUUAAUUUUUUUUUAUUCUUUAUUUUGUUGCCGUUCAAUAUACAUUGUUCUGCGCUUGUCAUCAUCGUCAUAGUGUUUAAAUGAAAAUUUAAAAAAAAGGAAAAUUCUAAGCAAAGUGUUUUCGACGUGUGAUUGUGCAUUUCGGUGUGAUUUUUUUUGUAAUCAUCUUUGUUAGUCUAUAUAGAUAUAGAUACAUCUAGAUAUAUAUAUACACUGUAUACCGUAAUACGUCAAAAUGGCGCAUCAACUGGCCCCUUCUGUGAACUGUUCGCUCGAUGAAAUUGACUUAAAUGCAUUGAAGGAUCCAGCGGGUAUUUUUGAACUUAUUGAAGUUGUUGGCAAUGGAACGUACGGACAAGUAUAUAAGGGGCGACACACAAAAACCGGCCAAUUGGCUGCCAUUAAAGUGAUGGACGUAACGGAAGAUGAAGAGGAAGAAAUCAAAUUAGAAAUAAAUGUUUUGAAAAAAUAUUCAAAUCAUCGAAAUAUUGCUACAUAUUAUGGUGCAUUCAUAAAAAAAUCACCGGCCGGCAAAGAUGAUCAAUUGUGGCUGGUGAUGGAAUAUUGUGGUGCUGGUUCAGUAACCGAUCUAGUUAAAUCGACUAAGGGACAAAGUCUGAAAGAAGAAUGGAUAGCAUAUAUAUGCCGUGAAAUUUUACGCGGUUUAAGCUAUUUGCACACCAACAAAGUCAUUCAUCGAGAUAUCAAAGGUCAAAAUGUUCUGCUAACUGAUAAUGCCGAAGUGAAACUCGUUGAUUUUGGUGUAUCGGCUCAAUUAGAUAGAACAAUUGGACGGCGUAACACAUUUAUCGGUACACCGUAUUGGAUGGCACCCGAAGUGAUUGCUUGUGAUGAAAAUCCGGAUGCAACAUAUGAUAAUCGAUCGGAUCUAUGGUCGUUGGGUAUCACUGCCUUGGAAAUGGCUGAGUCUCAACCUCCAUUGUGUGAUCUACAUCCGAUGCGUGCUCUCUUCUUAAUUCCUCGAAAUCCACCGCCAAGACUCAAAUCCAAGAAAUGGUCAAAGAAAUUCCAUGGUUUUAUCGAAACUGUGCUCGUGAAAGACUAUCAUCAAAGACCGUACACAGAGCAAUUACUUAAACAUCAGUUUAUCAAAGAGCAACCGACUGAACGUCAAGUUAGGAUUCAAUUAAAGGAUCAUAUCGACCGUUGUAAGAAACGAAAACAAGAGAAAGAACGUGAAGAUUAUCGGUACUCUGGCUCCGAUAAUGAUGAUGAUGAACCACAAGUAGCUGGUGAACCUUCAUCAAUAAUUCAAGCACCCGGCGGCGAUACGCUCAGACGAAAUUUCCAACAAAUUCAAGAGGGACACUAUCACAACAAGGCCAAUAAAAAAUCACCGGAACGAUCGCCUGAUGCAGCGCAAAUUGCACAAAAUCGAAUUUCACAACCAGUACAACCACGUGAAAAACCAGAUGAAUCGGGACAACCAUCACGGCCAGCAUUGCCUCAUCGUCUUAUCGUUGUACCCGAUCCACCAAAUGCAAAUCGACCAUUGCCACCAACACCACGAAGCAAUAAUUCAUCAUCGUCUCAGUCACAAAAUUCACAGCAACCUCAACGGAAUGCUCCAAUGCUUCCACCACGUCGACCUGAGCCACAAGCUCAACCGGAUGCACCUCCACGAAACAGUCGUCAACAAGCGCCAGCAUCAAGUAAAUCAAAUUCACAGCAACCAUCGAGCGCAAAUCAUCAUCAACAACAGCAAAUCGUUAAUCCAUUGGACCCAAUCGAAAGUUCGGAUACGGACAGUGAAGUCGAAGAGUCAAACGAUCGGGGUCGAAAUGAUGGUACUCUAUUGGCAAGCGAUCCACCAAAACCACUUCCUGAAUUUUCAUAUAGGCCCGGCUUGAGCGUUUUAACAGAAGAUUCGAUCAAUGUAGUACCUUCGCAUGGAGCUGGUGGUCCACCAAAUCGGCCAUUGCCACCAACGCCAGAUGACGAUGAUCAACAAGCUGGCGAUCGUACAUUGAUUAUGAAGAGGAAUUCGGAAAAACCAUCUAAUUUGGAUAAUAAGGCUGCAGCCAAUGCCGACGAAGCGGUUUUGCUUCGUGAUUGGGACAUUGAACGGUUUUUUUCAAGCGAUCGUGCCAAAAAAAAUUCACCCAUUUCACAAAGACCAAAUGUGAUUACACCGCAAUCAAACAAAGAUGCAUCAAAGCCUAAAUUCAGUGCUGAUUUAUUAGCUGAUCGAAUUAAACCAGAAACAUCUGGUCAAAUGAGCAAACAAAUUCAAACAUCGGUCAAUACCAAUAAUACCAAUAACAAUGCAAGUGCUAAGCCGAAAAACAAUUUUCUAUCCAAUCUACUGGACAAUGCCAAGAAUCACAAACGCCAAGAGAGCGAUUCAAAAUUAUCCUCGAAUUUUAUACGUGGAUUUCGACGUGAACAUUCAGACUUUUUCCCAUCAACAAAACGACAUUCGGUUGUAUUGGGCGAACGACAGAGUGCUAUUGCACACUUUGCUCCGCAUCGAUCAAGUGCCAUUUACACCAAACACAAUAAAAAUAAUAAUGGUGAACCAAUCUUAACUGAUUUCGUAAGCCGAACAUAUUUAGAUGGUUCACCAGCUUGCAGUUUAUCAACAAAAAAACCAACCACAACAACAACAACCACAACCAAUACGAAAACAUCAACACCCAUAACGACAUCAGCAUCGUCGAACGCAAUCGCCAAUAACAAAUGUAACAGUAACGAUAACAAUGUAAAUAAUAAUCGAAAUUUAUUUUUUAUGGGUCCAAGACGAGAAAAAACCGAAUCAGUCAUUUCACUGAGAAAUUCAGCGAAUCGACAUCUUCUGUUCGAUCAGCUUCAGAAUCGUGGUGAAAAUAGCGGUGCACCAAAUACUCGUACGAGCAACGUCUUACCGGAUCUGUUAAGUCAAGCGUCACCGUCACCGGCAACACCUCCGCGUCAUGAUAAAUCGUCCAGCGAAGAAUAUCGUGCGGCCAUUAGUUCGGUGCAUUCAACACCAUCGAAAUCAUUUAUCCUUAAUAAUACAGCAUCACCAAAUUCAACACUUUUAUCCAAUCAAUCAAUGUCCCCGAAGCAUACCAAUUCCUCCUUCAUAAAUUCACACAAUAAUUCCCCAAAUAAUUCCCAUAACAAUUCCACACACAAUUUCCAAGCAAAUUUUUCACCACAAUCCAAUCAACAUUCAUCCUCGUCUCCCGUUCAUACCCAAACCAAUAAAUCAAAUAACAAUAAUAAUGUAUCCACAUCUCAACAACAAAUUUUACCACCGCAUGCAUAUGCAUUGCAACAGAAACAACGCAGUUUUCUUACGUUUGGAUUCAGUGCGGGUGGAUCAGGUCCGUCGCGUCGUGAAAGCCAUGUUAAUGUAAAUGUAACGCCAACAUCUCAUGAUAUUACUAGUGAUACGCCAGAGAUACGUAAAUAUAAGAAACGAUUCAAUUCGGAAAUUUUAUGCGCUGCAUUGUGGGGUGUUAAUUUACUUAUCGGCACCGAAAACGGUCUCAUGCUUUUGGAUCGAUCUGGCCAAGGAAAGGUGUAUCAAUUGAUAUCGAGACGUCGUUUCCAACAAAUGGAAGUUUUAGAAGGUCAAAAUAUCCUAGUUACAAUAUCUGGCAAGAAGAACCGAGUACGUGUAUACUAUUUGUCUUGGCUGAAAUCAAAAAUUCUCCGAACCGACGGUUUAUCUGAUCAAGUUGAACGACGAAAUGGUUGGAUAAAUGUAGGCGAUCUUCAGGGUGCCGUACAUUUUAAAAUUGUAAAAUAUGAACGCAUCAAGUUCUUAGUGAUUGCAUUAAAAGAUUCAAUUGAAAUCUACGCAUGGGCUCCAAAGCCAUAUCAUAAAUUCAUGGCAUUCAAGAGUUUUGGUGAACUGGUGCAUAGACCACUGCUGGUGGAUUUGACAAUAGAAGAUCAAUCACGUUUAAAAGUCAUCUAUGGAUCAGCUGAAGGUUUCCAUGCAGUCGAUUUAGAUUCAGCUACCGUUUAUGACAUUUAUCUUCCGAAACAUACUCAGGGUCCAAUAAUACCACAUUGUAUUGUGGCACUGCCAAAUUCAAAUGGUAUGCAAUUGCUUCUGUGUUAUGAUAAUGAAGGCGUUUAUGUUAACACUGUUGGCAGAGUAUCGAAAAAUAUCGUGUUACAGUGGGGAGAAAUGCCAACAUCGGUCGCAUACAUUGGUACUGGUCAAAUAAUGGGUUGGGGCAAUAAAGCAAUAGAGAUUCGUUCCGUGGAAACUGGUCACUUAGAUGGAGUUUUUAUGCACAAAAAAGCUCAACGUCUUAAAUUCCUAUGCGAACGUAACGACAAAGUAUUUUUCAGUAGUGCCAAAGGUGCAUCAUCAUGUCAAAUUUACUUUAUGACACUAAACAAGCCGGGCAUGGCUAAUUGGUAGAUGCAAGAACAUACGUUUACUUUAUGUGUACAGUAUCGCAAUUGACACAGGACAACAACACAGCAAACAUAAUACGAAUGAACAAAAGUAACAUAAGAAAAUCAAUACAACAAUAUCGGAACCGAGUCACCACCAAAACAAUCGAGUAAAGAGAACGAUUGAACAUAAAUCAUUCAAAAAAAAACACAUCGCCUCACACAUAUAUCGAAGAUGUCAUUGCGCUCUUUGCACACCGAACAAAAUUGACAAAAUCGAAUACAAUCGCUGAACGUAUUUACAUUCAUUGUAUUUCAUAGAGUAUUAUAUACACAAAAACCCAUACGAGUAUCAAAUCGAUGUAAUCCCUAUGAUAUUACAUAGAUGCGAACUUAUGUGCGUUAACUAAAAAAGCGAAAAUUGGAAGAAAAAAAAACAUCUUACAAUAGCAAGAAAACAAGAUAUUUAGAAUUGUAAUGUAUACAUAGAGCAUAUAUCGUGUAAUAAUUUUUAUCUUGUAUUUAAAUAAAACUAAAGAAAAUUGAGAGAAGAAAAAAAACGAUGAACAACAACAAGAGGAAGAGAAUAGGAGA